AGGACACAGUGACGCCAUCUUGAAAUUGUCCCGACCGGAGGAGGCGACGGACUCGGAAAAAUCCAGCUCGUCCCGAACUCGACAGCUCCGCGGAUUAACGGCAUCUUCCGACGGUGGUCGCCAUCAAAACACACCGUUCCCUUGUCAUUUCGAGACAUUCCGACCGGGAGCGGGUUUGUUCAGCUCACUUUGGAGAGGGCAAACCUUUGCCUAUUGGAGCCUCGUUAAUAAUCGGCUGUUUCCCCGGACGGAACACGAAGCACCGAAGCCUCCCAGGCGGAAUAUACAGCAGCGGUUGAAGGUUUCACAACAACAAAAGCGUGGGGAAUGCCCGUUUCAACUAUUAAUUGACAUUUCUUUUUACUGCUAUGCGACGGAGGUCGGUGGGGAGAAGUGUUGGGGAGCGGGGUGUGAUCGAUCCCCAGACCGAUGGAUGCGCCCCCAGCCCGGCCAGGGCUCGGCUCAGUGAGCCGCUGUUUUCAGAAUAACUCCGGUACAGGUGAUCAGUCCACAACCAUGCUGCAGAGCUGGCAGGUACAGCCCCGACCUGGAGACACCAACACCUCUACAAGCCUGUAGACCUGGGAAUAACAACACGACUGGUUUAAACUGGGAUCACUGGGAUUUGGACUCGAUUUAUAAAGAUGCCAAUUGACCAGAGACGGUGCUCGUUGGAGCAGCAAGACAUUUAAAUCAACUGAGCCGGGGUGAAGUGUUUCUAAGGGGGGUUGUGAUAGGAAAUCUUUUUUUUUUUUUUUUUUUUUUUUUUUUAGUUAGAGGAUCAGAUUCGGAUGGAAGAUGGGAGACGCCACAAAACUGGCCUUCGCCGUUUUCCUCAUCUCCUGCUCUUCAGGUGCCAUCCUGGGCCGCUCAGAGACGCAGGAGUGUGUCUACUACAACUCCAGCUGGGAGAAGGAGCGCACCAACCGCAGCGGCAUCCAGCCCUGCUAUGACGACAAAGACAAGCGGCGGCACUGCUUCGCCACCUGGAAGAACGUCUCCGGCAGCAUCGAGAUCGUGAAGCAGGGCUGCUGGCUGGACGACGUGAACUGCUACGACAGCAGCGAGUGUGUGGAGAGGAAGGAGAGCCCCAACGUUUUCUUCUGCUGCUGUGAAGGCAACAUGUGCAACGAGAGGUUCAUGUACGCCCCUGACCCGCCCCCUCAGAUCGACCCGUUCCAUUCCACCGCCUACACCACCUCCAACCCGUUUCCCCAGAAGCCCCAGCUCUUGAGUACGCUGCUUUACUCCCUGGUGCCCAUCAUCGGCCUGGCUGCCGUGGUCCUCUUCUCCUUCUGGAUGUGGAGGCAUCACAAACUGGCCUACCCAGCCGCCCUCGUCCCCACACAUCACGCCUUUCACAUUAUGGUGGAGGAUCCCGGACCCUCACCCCCGUCCCCUGUUUUGGGCCAAAAACCGCUGCAGUUAAUCGAGGUGAAAGCCAGGGGGCGCUUCGGCUGCGUGUGGAAGGCGCAGCUGCUGAACGACUACGUGGCCGUGAAGAUCUUCCCCAUUCAGGACAAGCUGUCUUGGCAGAACGAAUACGAGAUCUACAGCGUGAGCGGCAUGAAGCACGAAAACAUCCUCCACUUUAUCGGUGUGGAGAAGCGGAACAACAACCUGGAUCUGGAGCUGUGGCUCAUCACCAUGUACCACGACAAGGGCUCCCUGACCGACUACCUGAAGGCUAACGUGGUUUCCUGGAACGAGCUGUGCCACAUCGCUCAGACGACGGCCCGCGGGCUGGCCUACCUGCACGAGGACAUCCCCGGACACAAGGACGGGCACAAGCCGUCCAUCGCUCACAGGGACAUCAAGAGUAAGAAUGUGCUGCUGAAAAAUAACCUGACAGCGUGCGUGGCCGACUUCGGCCUCGCGCUGAAGUUUGAAGCUGGAAAGUCUGCGGGCGACACUCACGGACAGGUGGGAACGCGGCGCUACAUGGCCCCUGAAGUCCUGGAGGGAGCCAUCAACUUCCAGCGGGACUCCUUCCUGCGUAUCGACAUGUACGCCUUCGGGCUCGUCCUCUGGGAGCUGGCGGCGCGCUGCACCGCAGCAGACGGCCCGGUAGACGAGUACAUGCUCCCCUUCGAGGAGGAGGUGGGCCAGCACCCGUCUCUGGAGGACAUGCAGGAGGUGGUGGUGCACAAGAAGCUGCGGCCCUGCCUGAGGGACUGCUGGCAGAAACACAUGGGCCUGACCAUGCUGUGCGAGACCAUCGAGGACUGCUGGGACCACGAGGCCGAGGCCCGGCUGUCUGCUGGCUGCGUGGAGGAGCGUAUCGGGCAGAUGCAGCGCCAGGCCCCCGUGAUCGGGCCCGAGGAGAUCGUCACCGUUGUCACCAUGGUGACCAACGUGGACCUCCCGCCCAAGGAGUCCAGCUUAUGAACAGCCGGCCCUGGAUGGUUGGCCCAGUUUUUUCUUUUCAUCUUUUUGUUUUUCCUCAGUUCCUUUAAGUGCGGGCCGCUACUCGCCAUCAGGAAACACCUUCUCCCACCGAGUCAGUCCACAUCCACCUCAUUUUGAUACGUGUGCCUGAGGAUUACAACGUUUUCCCGGCGGAGACGCUGUCACCCCGAGCAGACGUUUUCAGGACGCCACGCCUGCGAGCGACGGUGCCGACGCACCGGGCGGCAAAACACUUUUACCAUGUAUUGUUUUUCAAAACGCACACACAGACACACACGUAGGAGGGCGACCCGGAUAACUACGCAGAGAGACGACUGCAGAAACACUACCCUGCAGAAACACCACCCUGCAGAAACUCUUCAUCCAACUCUCCGUACAUUUUAGUGUUGAAAAAAGAGACGAGCACCGACUCUCCAUACAUUUGCUGUUUUUCUUGUGUGCGUUCUUUUGAAGAGACGACUAUCGUUCUGCCAAUAAGCAACGGCUUCUGAAUGUUUAUAGUGUAAUGCUGCUGUACAUAGUGUAUUAUGGACCCAGACGACUUGGUAAUCAAGCUUAUUUUAAACGGGGAGGAGGGAGGGGGAGGGGGUCAAGUUUGAAGCAUUACGACGAUUUAAAAAAAAAAACCAUAAACCUCCUUCAACCAGGUAUACCUCAGUUCAGAUGGACACAGUUUAAAUCGGCCCCUCCCCCUCACAGCUCAUCAGACCCCCCACGCUCAUGGGAAACAUAGUUCCCUUCCCACAUUGGUUUGAAACUGCUCCCACAUCUGACUGUGGCGUGGAAGCGAGUCCCCGACGGAGUUUGUCCUAUUAAGUGAUUUUAUUCUUCGAUUAUCUCGGGUUUUUCUGUGUCAACUCGCCAACAAGCUUCAUUUUAAUCACGUGACCUGGAAACGUAACGGUGAAUCACCAGGACGUCAAAGUUUGUUUUUUUUCCGUUUCAUGAGAUGGGUAACAAGAGUUCUGCCCGGUAUUUUAUCCUGUUUUAUUGGAGGUUUUAGAUUUGAAGUGCAGUUCCCAGCCCUUCCUGUAUUUAGCUGAGCCAGCUCCUUUUUGUUUUUGUUUUAAAGUACUUUCAAGAGUUUUUGCUCUCUUUUUGAUGCACCUCAGGAACCUUUGCUACUCGCCACGCCCCACGCCACCUCAUCAUCAUCCUCCUCCUCCUCCGCCUGUCUGGAACUGGAAUACCUCCACUCGCGCCGACCCUUUCUCUCGCCCGUGUGACCCGCCGUGCUCGGACACCCACGUGAGAGCGGCCCGUCUUAGGUUCCUGGUGAUGACACCGGACCGACGGCGGGUUUCUGGGGAUUUUUCUUGCCCUUGAAAACUAAAGGAUCGUCAGCAGCUCACUCUUUCCUUCAGCCACAAGAAGUCUGCCAGUUUUUCUGUUGACACUAACCAAACACAGAUGCGCUGAGGCGACGCGUCUUUCUCUCUCUCUCUCUCUCUCUCUCUCUCUCUCUCUUUCAUCCUGGUGCCAUUUCUACUUCUCCAUGCUAGUUCCUCUUGUAGAUGUCAGGCCAAACGGAUGUAUCUGUCACUGCUGUGACGCUUUCCAGUCUUUGAUUUCCUCUGAGCGUUUGAACACUGGUGCCGGCAGACCUGCAGUCUCUCCUCAAGCUUUGGGGCGGUUUCAGCGGAAAACGCAGUUUAAAACCAGCCGUCGCACGGGAGCGUUUUGAGAAAACACUGUACCGUAAUGAAGAUGAGGAAGAAGAGAAACACUACAGACAUUUAGCAGGAACUGCUAAUCGAUGAAUCCUGAAAUAGAAAUAAAGAAAGCCUUCCACAGACGACGAGCACCGAAGGGUAAAGGAUCCUGAGAGCGGGUUUUCACUAUAAUUUCCGCACAUUUUUUUGCAGAAACACAGCAAACUGGAAAAGAAGUCAAAGCCAUGGUCUUAUUUUCAACCUGUAGCACGAGAACAACACCCGCAUCUGCUGCUCCUGUUGCUGCCGUCGCCGUUUCUCCUCCGGAUCAAUCCGCCGCUGAAAUGCUGCCAUCCUCCAAGGUCCUCAUGAAGCUUGAAGAGUCAGGGACGAUCAGCGCCGCCCCCCCCAGCAGCCCUCCAAUAAGACCUACCUCACUCGCAGGGAUUUCUCACCCGGGGUAGAAAGUGUGGCAAACUAACCAAAAGCAGAGCCGGUUUCCUGCAGCGGGAAAGGAGUCUGAAUCAGGAGAAGAAGUUCCUUCAACGGUUGAACGCCGGUGUUUUCUCAGCAGCCCAGAGGACUGUCGGUUGGUGAAGAGGCUGAGCAGUAUCAGCCGCUGAGAGGAAGACGAGAGCGUCGGCGUGCGACGGCCAGAGUUUAAACUGCGCUCCAGAAACCGACCCCAGCCGUCAAACACCAUUCAGGGAUUCAGUACUAUGCUCUUCUAAGUUCUAGCCAGUUAUAUGCAACCAGUGCCGCAAACUACCCUCCACCUCUGCAGGAUCAGCUGCAGGAGUGACUUUCAACACACACACACACACACGCACACACACAAAUAACCUGUAGCAUUUUAAUUUCUUUUUUUUCUUUUCUUUUUUUAAAUCUGUGACCUUGCAUAUUGAUAUGUUGUAUUUAUUUUUUAAUUUACUGGCCUGAGGGUUCGGGGAUCAGAGUUCAGGUGCAGCUCCAAAGUUGUAAGAGUUGGCACGACUUGUGGUUGUUGUU